AUAAAUAGCUAAUUAUUAUAAAUCAUCAAUUUUUUUUUUAUUAAUUUUUCUUAUUAAACAUUUUUAACUUUCCAAAGGCUGGAUAAGUUUCGUGUUGUUACCUGAUAAUGGAUUCGUCAACAUGGGUAAUUUCGUUGAUUCUUGUUUCAGAUGCCGUAAAAAAAAACCAAAAAUGGAUAUAAACUAUAUAAUGAUAAACGAAAUUAUAUCACCGUCAACUAUUCAGAAUGGAAUCGAAUCAGUAUUAGAAAAUCCGAUGAAAGACUUAACAAAAAAUAAACUAAAAUUUGAUGCCAACAAAUCGAGAAAUCCUAUGAACCAUUCAUCAUUCUCAACCCGAAAAUUAUUGGAUAACAAAUUCGAAAGCGGCUCGCUAAAGGGUAUCGCGAAACUUAAAUGGAAACAUUUUAGCUCUAAAAGGUUUAGACGAUCCCACUUUAAAAACCGGAUGAGAUACGAGCUUAUCCAUAGAUCCUUAAAACAAACGGCUAACAGAAAACCACCAUCUUUCAAACAUCAAAGGCUAAAUGAAGAGUUUCCUAGCUUAUCCCAGUCCGAUAUCAGCAUAAUUACGAAUGAUAUGACAAAUGAACAACUCCUGAUAGAUCAAGGUAACAAUUCUGGAAAAUUAAAGCUCUCAGAUUCUCCACUGAAAAGUUACAUAUCCACUUCCUACUCCGAACUUUCAGACCUUGAAUCUCUUAAUGAUACAAGUGCCAAUCAAUCCAAAUUACAGAGUAUGGGCCCAUUCCUCGACUUUUUGAAUAUAACAGGAAUGCCUGACCCCGAACAAAUUAACGAAGAAAAUGAAUCUCCUGACACCUCGAUAUCCGCAAAGAAUCAACGAAAACAAUCCGAUUUGAUGGAAUCAUCUUCGGUAUUCGAAAAAUACGUACACGCCCAUGGUAUAAACAUCAUGAACAAGAAUGACUGGGAUCGGAUCAGGUUAGGUCAAAAUUCGACGAAGAACUCGACACCUUCUUCCAAUCCUCCCCGAAAUGUCGAUAGCGUGCAUUCGUCCGAGUUGGAAUGGGAAAAUGAAUCUCUCUCCCUGAUCCAAUGAUUAUAUUUAUAAGUCAAUCAUAUAUAUAUAUUUAUUUAUAAAUCAUUCGUUAAAAAACAUUUUGGUUAUAGCUUAUUUGCCAAUACAACUGCAUAACGUUAUUAUCAGAAUAUUGUGUAUUAGAUAUAUAUUAUAUAAAUCAACACUC